AUGGAUGUAAUGCUAUGGAUCAGUAAAUAUUUUGUGGUGUUACAGAUCACUGGGCCUGAUGGGAAGGUGAUCUAUAAAGGUGAGCGAGAGACCAAUGGUAAAUAUACAUUUGCAGCUCACAUGGAUGGUGUUUACACAUACUGCUUCAGUAAUGCCAUGUCUACCAUGACUCCAAAGGUGGUGAUGUUUUCCAUGGAUGUGGGGAAUACACCAAAAGGUCAAGAACAGGAUAAUGAUGCUCACCAGAACAAACUGGAGGAUAUGAUAAAGGAACUGUCAACAUCUUUGACUGCUGUGAAACACGAACAGGAAUAUAUGGCUGUUAGAGAUCGCAUCCACCGAGCAAUCAAUGAAAACACCAACUCCCGGGUCGUACUGUGGGCUUUCUUUGAAGCUAUUGUUCUGGUCUGUAUGACAGGAGGUCAGAUUUUCUACUUGAAAAGAUUUUUUGAAGUCAGAAGGGUAGUGUAAAUGUAUGAAAAAAAAUAGUAAAUGUUUGAAGUUUUGGGGUAAUUUUGAAUUUUUUUUAUCCUUUUUUGUGUGCAUUAGUAUGUAAUAUUAAGCAAAUAAAUCUUUUUUUUUCUUUUUUUGCAAUUUGUUUAAUGGACACACAAUAAAUUAACUGUAUUUUCUGGGGACAUACUAAGUUAUUAACACUUUUUUUAAUGAGUCAAAAUAGCUUACUCCAAUGAAGAGUAUGCUCAUCAGUUUUAUAGCUUUUAAUAGCCACAAACAAAUCAAUGAAGUAAACUCUCAAUUUGAAGGGAUUUGAAAAUCUUAUUUUUUAAAUAUCUAUGAAGAACUCAUUUUUGCUGCUGAAUUAAGAAAUAGCAUUUAGCAUAAAUAUUACGAGAUUUAGUGAAUUUAAAAUACAGUAACAAGUUAAUUUAUUUUUUUAUAGAAUCAGGAAUUGUAGAUGGAAAAGAGGUUUCUGUUUGCUGAACAAAAUAAUUUUUUUGUGUUGUGAGCAGUUAAAAUAUGUUAAAUUGGAAUAGUUGUAAUAGAAGAAAACUACCCAGAAAAUAGUAAACCUAUCAUUUUCA